AUGGCCACAGUUGGUACUGUAGCUGAUGCCUGCUCAGAACUAUUUGUUGAAUCAGCAAUCAAAGAUAUUAUGUCCCAUGAUCACUAUCAGACUGGACUAAGGCAGAACCGUAACAGACAUCUUCUUCACAGCGUUAAAGUUCUGUCUCACAACUUGUGCACCUUGUUAAAGAUUCCCCACGAUCCAGUAGCACUAGAGGAUCACUUCAAGGAUGAUGAUGAAGGACCUGUUUCUAAUCAGGGAUAUAUGCCAUACCUUAAUAAGUUUAUACUUGAUAAGGUCCAAGACAACUUUGACAAAGUGGAUUUCAAUCAUAUGUGCUGGACCCUCUGCGCCAGGAAAAACCUGACAAAGAGAAGUCUGCUGAUCAGUCAGGAAGACUGUUUUAAAAUAUGGUGCAUAUUCAAUUUUCUUUCAGAAGACAAAUAUCCAUUAAUCAUUGUAACUGAAGAGGUUGAGUACUUUCUAAGGAAAUUAACUGAAGCAAUGGGUGGCAGUUGGAUAGAAGAGAAAUUUGAAGACUACAAAGGUCAAAUGAAUGCCAAACAACAGUGUCUUUCAGUUUGGGAAUUUAUUGAACUGAUUGGCAUAGGAACAUUCAGCAAAGGCAUGGACCGGCAAACUAUGUCGAUGGGAAUUAAUGAAGUUUUCCAGGAGCUAAUACUAGAUGUUUUGAAACAGGGAUAUAUGUUUAAAAAAGGUCACAAAAGAAAAAAUUGGACAGAGCGGUGGUUUGUGUUGAAGCCCAGCCAUAUUUCAUAUUAUGUGAGUGAAGACUUAACAGAGAAGAAAGGGGAUAUCCUAUUGGAUGGAAACUGUUGUGUGGAGUCUCUUCCAGAUAAAGACGGGAAAAAAUGCCUUUUUCUCAUCAAAUGUUCAAGUAAAAGUUUUGAAAUAAGUGCCUCUGACAAAAAGAAGAAACAAGAAUGGAUACAAGCCAUUCAAACUGCUAUUAACUUGCUAAGUAUGGGCCUGCCAGCACCACACCAGGAAUCACGCGAGAAAAGAAAAGAUCUGCGGCGCAAGCAACAGAUUGAACAAGAAGAAUUGGAACGAAGAAUGAAGGAACUGCAAUUAGCCAACGAGAAAAAGCAACAAGAGCUGGAAUCCAUGAGAAAGAUAUUAGAAGAUGCUUCAAGAAAUGCUGCUGAAGAAAAAAGACGACUGCAGACAGAACAUGAACUUCAAGAGAGAUACAGAAUGGAUCUUGAAAGAGAAAAAAUGGUGAGACAGCAGAUGGAAGAGGAGGUUGCACAGAAGUCAUCAGAAUUGGACCAGUACCUACAAAGAGUUCAUGAGCUUGAAGUAAUGUACCGUAAAUUAGAGGAGGCUUUGGAUGAUGAAAGGCAAGCCAGACAAGAUGAGGAGACAGUCCGCAUACUUCAAUCAAGGCUGCUGGAGGAAGAGGCCAGCAAGCGUAAGGAACUGGAAAAAAUACACCUGCAGCAACAGAAAGCAAUUUCUGAGACCGAGGCAGAGAAGAUGGAACUGGAGCAACAGCGAAUUAUUAAAGAAAAUGCAUUGCAAGAUGCCAUGUGUCAGUUGGAACACCUUGAACAAGAACGAAAACAAGCACUACAGCAGUAUGAGGCUGUUAUGGAGAAGCUGGAGAAAGCAGCAAACACAACAAAGAGCUGGAAGGAUAAAGUAGCUCAUCAUGAAGGAUUAAUACGUCUUAUUCAACCUGGAUCAAAGGGUCCUCAACUGAUCACCAACUGGGGAGCAGCAGCUUUCACCGAGGCAGAACUAACCCAGAGGGAAAAAACUUGGCAAGAAAAAAAAGGCAGUGCCUCUCAGGUUCAGUAGAUGUGACUGUCUACUAUAGUGCAUAACCUUAUUGAGAUUUUUAAGUAUGUCCAAACACAUUUGGGGAAUGUCUAUUUGUAGACAUUGUAUAGGUAAUAUUAAUAAAAAAUAUGGAUAAAUUAUGAAAGGGAAAAGUGUUAAUUCUUAAUCAUUAUAUUUUUUUUACAUUACCACAUAUCCUUAAAAUGUACUGCUGUGUUUCCCAUUUCUGAUCUUGCAGAAAAAUUGCUUAAUACCCAAGCCUUGAAUCUACAUGGUCUUCCGGGGCUGGGAAAAAUCUGUCCUCCUUUCACUACAAGUUAGAAAAUACUGACACAAACUUUCCAAUGUUUUGUUCAUUUUCCAAGUAAUAACAAAAUCUACACUUUGCAACUACACAAACAACCAUACUUAUGGAUGGUUCUUUAAUUGCGCAAAAUGUUCACAGAAGUGAAACAUUGAAAACUGAAUGCUGAGAUCUCCAACUAGAUUUAAACAGAUUUGUGGUGAUUUCAAGGGGAAAAAAAAAAAAACACAACUCUUCCCAUGAAGACAGUUGCCUAUUGUGAUAUUCCCAAUGACUCAAUCAAUAAAUUUUUCCAGGUUUGAUUUUGUCUUUAGGCAGGCUCUAUGUAUGUGAGAGGUGACUAUCAAUGACCAUCCAGAAGUACGGAAGUGCAAUGAAUUUAAUGUAGUGACGAGAGAUGAGGAACAUGGGUGUUUUGGACUCACAAACGGAAGACUCAUCUGUCCGAUAUAUCAUGUAUUAUAUACCACAACAGAAUUGAGAAAAUAAAAAUGCAAAGAUAGCAACUGAAUUCACUGUAGCUGUUAACCCCUCAUACAUGAGACUGUGUCAGGCAGCACACUAUUGACUUUUAUAAAAAGAGGCAAACACGACUGCACUGGAAAAUUGGCUCUCAGUUGGUAAAUGUGACAUGGUGCAACAAUGCAAUUAUAACUGCAAUCUGAUAUACCCUACAACUAUCCAUUCAUCCAUCUAUCCAUCCAUCCAUUAUCCAACCUGCUAUAUCCUAACUACAGGGUCACGGGGGUCUGCUGAAGGCAAUCCCAGCCAACACAGGGAGCAAGGCAGGAAACAAACCCGGGGCAGGGUGCUAGCCCACCACAGUACCCUACAACUAGAAAUUGUAUAAUGUUACUUUAGCAUUAGUUUAAUAAUUUGUGUUUUGUCAGAGAUGAAACUCUUUUGAAAUCAUCAGGAAGAAGCCUUCUUCAUUUUUCUUUUUCUACUUUAAGCCUUUUUACUUUUAUAACCUCAUAUUCUCAUAUCUUUACUGAGCAAUUGCCAAAUGUUUAAUAAUUACGUGUUGGGAUUUAAAAUGAUGGCCUGCUUUAGAUGCCCAUGCAACACCAACAUGGAUUAUCCAUUGUAGUUAUUGAUAAUGUGUAGAUUAAUCAUUUUUUAAUGUUUACUGAAAUCCAAGCAUCCAUGCUCUAAACUUUUUUCCCAGAAGCUUCUCCGUCUUACAAACCCUUAGUAGUAUGUCACAGGAAAGUGCUUAAAUAUAUUAUCUAAAAUAGUUUAUUAAAGGUUAAAACAAAUAAGCCUGCAACUGAUUAGAGUAGCAAAGCAGAUCACUUAGCCUACUUAACUAAACUUGUUAUAUUUUUGUACUACUUGUCAUGUAAACAUGCAGUUCUCAAAGUAUUUGCUCAAGAAACAUCCAAAUUUUGCAUUAGAUAUUCUUUGUCUUUCUGAAAUACUAAAACUAUGAAAGUGCAAAAUCAAACAAAACUGUUAUUACAACUGUAGAGGCUGUAAGUAGUUAAAUAUUUUCACAUUUAUUUGCAUAUCUUUGUAUUUAAAGACCAGAUUGCAUUGAGAUAACAAAUUGCAUGGAGCUGCAGUGCCUUAAAUAUUCAGCAUCAAAUGAUUUUUUCACAUUCGUGAGUCUUGCAGGCUAGGAUUUUUAUGCAUUAGAUUAAAAUGUUUUCUUUUUGAGUUUUAUAUUUUUACUUACAGGUUACUCCUAAACGAAAUACAAAAAUAAAUUAUUCAUUUUCCAAUGUAAUCAUUCUACUGGAUCACCUACUGUAUUAAAAACAAGAUUUUUUUCUUAAUUUUUUUCCCCCAAAUGAAUUUGUGUUAACACAUAAUGAUAAAGCUAUUUUUGUCCAUUCCUACUUGCAACAUUGCUCCCGUUAUCUCAGAGGAUUUUGGCAACAGUAAUAAACAGUAAGAGAUUACAGUCACAGGUCCAUUCAUUUCUUCAGCAGAUUUCCUUUCUGCCCACCUUUUAUUUUUUUUAAUAAGAAGGGCUGAGCUUUCUUGUUGAACAUGACCAAUGCACACUGUGCGGUGUUAAUAUAAUAAUAAGUACAUGUGUGACAUAUGUCACAAAACACCCAGCUAUAGGCAGAUCCUUUAGGUAUAUUCACCAUGCAGAGUAAUGGCAUAAUACUACUGAAUCUUUUCAUUAAAAGGCUGGGGGUGCCAGAGUAACUAAAAUUACAGAUACAAACUUGUACUGAAACCUCAAGCCCUAGCUUUGUUUGGAUUUUUUUUUUGUUUGUUUUAUUUAAUAAGGCACUUAUAAGUUUUAAAGCUACCCAAGGAAAACAAAUUUAAAUAAUUUUAAAUUAUACAUCUUGGAAAAUACAAAUUAAAUAAGUCAUUAAUGAGAGUACACUUUUCUAAGGCACAAUUAUCAUACAUUUUUAGUUCUAAUCCUGAAACUUAAGACAUGAUUUUCACUUAUGGCCUUGACUGUUAAGUUUCUAAACAUUUGCCCUUUUCUGAUUAAGCGCACUGUAUUUGGUUUAUUUUAAGUUUGUGGUUUGUGAAACCUUUCAGUUGUCCACAAUCAACUACUGUUUUAUCUAUAGUAUGGACUUUGUUAAGAACAUGUUACAACUGUAUAGAAUGAGUGACUAUAUUACACUGCUGAAUCUGCAUUUAAAUUUUCCCGACAUUGGCACACUACUUGGCCUAAAAGAGUAGUUUUUGAAUGUCUGCCAGAUGUAACUGACAUGUUUAUGUAUAGUCACAUUUAUUCAGAAAUAUGUUUAUAUGAAUGUUACUUUUAAAGGAGUGUUAUUUAUAAUAAUAAUAAAAGUAUAAUAAAGCUUUUUAUUUACAUAGCACAUUUGUCAUACUUAAAGCGCUUCACAGAUAUUCAGAUGAACACAAAAAGAAUAAAACCGCAGAAAAAUAUUAACUAAAUUACAAUAGAUACAAACACUAAACACCAAAUAGAUUAAUACAUGAUGUACAAAGUUCUAAAUUAGAAUAAGAAACAUCAAGCAGGAAUUAGAAAUCUAAAAAUUACUAAAUGGAAACUAUAAAUAAGUAACAUAAUUUGUGUAAGCUAAUAUGUAAGAAUAUCAGUGUAGAUAAUUAAACCACCCACAACGAUGACAGUCUGCGUCAGAGAGUAAUUAUUCAGUCACAUCACUUCAAAAAGACCCAUUGAAUUUUUCAGGACAAUAAAGAAGAAUGAACAGUAAAACACCUAAUUUUGUUAUCUGUUUUACAGUGAAACUCUCAAAGGACAUCUGCCACUAAGUGACUAUUGUUUAGAUAUUCAUUUCUGAUCUAACAGCUGUAGUUGGAAUGCCACUCUGACCUGAACUUAAAGUCACAGAAAAGUAAGCACACUCAAACAAGGUCUCCACAUAUUUCAGAUAUGUCUAAUAUACAGAGAUUGUAGUUCAUGAUGAAUUUAGACAUUACUAUUGAUUUAACAUUAAUUAACUUUGAAUUAACCAAUUCAAUGUUAAUGUCAGUAUGUUCACUGCCCACAGAUUCUAUCCAGAGUUUGUUUAAAUACAUUGUACAUUUCUCAUUUUCAGCAUACUUGUGAUUAAAAACCCUGUGCUGGAUUGCAUACUUCAAACUUAUUUAAUAAUCCAAAUUAUAUAAAUAUGACUGCUUAAACUCUAAAGAUAGCCUCACAAUUUCAGCAUUUUUAAGAAAUUAAACCUUAGUCAGGCAUGCUUAAACUUUGAGUUAUGAUUUGCCAUUAAAUUUCUUGCCAUUGUAUUAGAUGCUUCUUCCUCUAAUGUUUUUACUGAAAAUAAUUAUGAAUUACAUUGUUUUUCUAACCAAGCAAUAUUUUUAAUUUUACAAAUCCUAGCUAUGAGUGAUUUGCAGUUAGUGUUUUUUUGUAUACCUAAUGUACUGAACAAUUGUUGAACAAUAAUUUUGUUAUGAUUUGCCAGUUAUUGUACAUGUUAAAUUUAUAGUAUCAGAACUAAAUUUUUAGAUGCAGGAAUAUUUCUUAAUAGCAACUAUACUUUGGUUUCUUAUACACAUUUCUGUAGCUCUUGCGCAUUUAAACAGACAUUAAAUGAUCAAUAAAGUAAAA